CCUUUGCGCGGCCGGCCCGCGUAAAAACAUCUUCAGCACCGAUGGCCCAUGGCUGCGCGAAGCUACUUCGUGACCGUCUCCCCGGCCACAGCCGUGGAGUGCGUGCUGGGGCCUGUUGCCCUGACGCGGCCAGAUGUGGAGGAGCUGGCAGUGAUACGAGGAACGACUCUUGACGUUUUCCGCUGGGACCAGCGGCUCGUCAAGGUGUGUGGGGGACCCAUCAACGAGAAUGUGUGCUGUAUGCUGGCAGCUCCGUCUGAGACUGGCCGCCAUUUGCUGGUUCUCAUUACCGUUUCAUUGCAGAUUCUGAUUGUCAGAUGCGACGAUGCCAAGUCGAUGCAACUGCUGGGCACCGCAGACCUGGGCAACGUUGUCCUGGGAACCACUGCCCGGCCAGCCGCGUGCUGCGUGGGGCUGUACGGCCCAUCCGGCCCGUCCGGGGCGAGCAAGUCCGCCCGUGUGGCGGUGUAUCUCUACAGCGGCAUCGUGGCAGUGGCGGACCUUGCAGGCCUCGAGGCUCGGUUCGCCCAGUUCGGCGUGGUGGACUUGAAGAGUGUGGGGAAGAUGUCCUUCGUGAACGUGGGCGAGGAGGUGAUUUGCCUGGACUUGGUUUGCGAGGCCGAGGACAUUGGGGACGCAACUCUGGUGGCCUUGCAUGGACGUGAGGAAGACGGCGAGGAGGGGCAAAGAUUCCUUUGCGUCCACUCGCUGGAUCUGCGGAAACGGGGCGCUGCGCAAGCGCUGCCCGGUGCUGUGAAGGUCCCGGACAGGCGGUACAUGGAGGCCAGCUUGGUGGCAGCUGUGCCGCCAACUGCCGCCACCUGGGUGUCGCAAGGCCAAGGCUGCAGGCUCAUGAGCAGAAUUUGCCGGGCCUUGGGUUCCGGCAGCGUACAGCUCUUUGACACAGAGCUCACGCUGCUGCAGUCGCUGAAGGGCGGCGGUGAGGCACCCACCCUCCUGGUCAAGGCCAACUCAUCCGGAAGCCGCUGGCUGGUGGCCGGAGCAUGUGGGGAUAUUUACUUGCUUCGGCUGGAAGCCGGCGCCUUUGACAUGACAGCAGAAAUGGAUGCUGGGCAAACGGGGCCCCUGGUGGUGCAGUGCUUGGGCAUUUCCGUGCCAGCCUCUGGGAUUGCCACCUGGGGAGACUUUGCCUUCGUCGGCUCUCAGGUGGCAGACUCGGAAGUGUUGAAGCUUCGGGCGCCGGGCGCGUCCGCACCGACCUCGGCCUUGUCGGCUGCGGGGAGGCGCCGCAAUAACUUGGAGGACGCCUUCGAGGUGCUUGACACCUGGAACAACUUGGGUCCCAUCAAGGACUUCUGCACCAAGGGCCCGGCUGCAGAAAUGGUCACCUGCAGUGGCGUGGGAGAUGUGGGCUCCCUGCGCUUCAUCCAAAUGGGCAUUCCUGUGGAGGAGUUGGGGUGUUCUGCAGGCUUCAGCGGCGUGCUGGGCUUGUGGCCCCUUGGCAGCCGCCUGGUCUUCGCGCGGCCCGGGCGGACGGAUGUGCUGAAGCUCGCAGGCGGCACUCCGGACUUCGGUUUGGAGCUGUGCGCUGCUGAGGGCCUCUUGCAGGAGGAGACGCUGCUUUGCUGCUCUGUGGGCACGAUGGCGCUGCAGGUGACGCGGUCUGGGGUGCAGGUGCUGUCUUUGGACCUGGCACGUGUUGCGCAGUGGACACCCAAAAAGCCUUUGCUCUCAGCGGCGGAGAUUCCAGGAGCAGGCGCCUUGGUGGCCACGGUGUCAGAUGUCAGCGUGCUGGAGCUAGGCACUCAGGGCAUUACGGAGGCAGCUUCUUGGCGGCUUCGAGGGGAGCCCAGCUGCCUGGCGGCCGGCGGGGGCGUGUUGGCCGUUGGCCUUUGGAGCGAGGAGCUUUGCAUCUUCCACCGCGAGGACAAGGACCUCGCCAAGCUGGCUCUGCCCUCAUUGCCUCGGAGCUUGGCCUUUGCGCGGCUGGGCCGGAAGUUGGGGCUUCAGCUCUUCGUGGGGCUCCUGGACGGGACUCUGAUGAGUUUUCGCUCCCUUGGCGGUGCUUGGCACCUGCAACGCCGCGUCGUCGUUGGGCUGCAGCCGGUCCGGCUUGUGGUUGUUCCACACCUCGAGGGAGAAAGAGAAAUCGGACCUUGCUUGCAACCUGAGGGCGAGACAGAGGACGCUGAGAUGCUAAUCGCCAUGAGCGGCCAUGGCAUUAUUCUGCAGGCCGCUGCCAAUGCGCAGCGCAUCGUCCACUCGCAGAUUUGCCUGCCGGGCGUAUCUCACGCAGCAUUCUUUUCCCAUGGUCUCGCUGGCAUCCAGCACUGCAUGGCCUUCAUCAGCCAAGAGCGUUUGUUGCUGGCACGUCUCCGAUGCGGUCACCGGAUGCACGUGCAGACGCUUCAGCUGCCGCAGGCUCCACUCAGGAUCAGCCACCACCGAAGUACCCACAUUUGCGCAGUGGGCUGUGGUGAUCUGCCAACAGCGACGAUGCCCGCACCUCGCACCCGUGCGCAGCUGCUCUUCGUGUCGGAGGCGGUGACGCUGCUGGACACCUGGACGCUGGGCCCGGAUGAGCAGAUCGCCUCGCUGCUAACGGUGACCCUCGGGGACGCGGAGUACAUUGCGGUCGGCACAGCUGUGGUGCUGGAAAGCGAGCCCGAGCCGUCGCGCGGUCAGGUUCGCUUGCUGGCGCCGUGCGCAGCAAGUUCUUCUGAGGCAGCGGCGCCCUUCCGAGUAGUUGCCACGGUGGAGGUGCAGGGCGCCGUCUACACACUGGCGCCCUUGGCGGGGCGACUGCUGGGCGCAGUGAAUAAUCGCCUGCAGCUGUGGGAGCUGGUGGUGAGGGAGGGCCAGUGCCGCCUCAUGGAGGUGUGUCGCUACGCUGCUGGCGUCAUCGUGUUGGACAUCCAAACGAUGGGCCAUUGCAUUCUGGCGGGGGACAUCAUGCGAUCCGUCACCAUGUUCCGCUUCGAUCCCGAGGAGAAGUCGAUUUCAAUGGUGGCCUAUGACCAGAUCUCUGCGUGGUCAACUGCUGUCGCGAUGCUGUCUGACAACCACUUCCUGUGCAGCGACGACUGCGGCAACCUCACGUCGCUUUGCUGCCAGGCGGCGCCUUCGGCGCCUUCCGCGCCGGAGAACGAGGUGAAGAUCCUGGAGCGGGUGGGAUGCAUUCACUCGGGCGAGUUGGUGAAUCGCUUCCGAAAGGGAGUGCUGGGCCUGCAGGCGAACCAGAUGGUGGACACGACCAUUUGGGCAAGUGCUUCUGGCGCCUUUGGACUUGUUCUGCCAAUUCCCUGUGAGAAGCGCUUUGCGCGGCUACUGCUGCUGCAGGACGCCCUUGGCCGAGAGCUGAAGCCCAUGCUGCCGCACGAGGACUGGCGCAACGCCCGCUUGGACCUCCAGGGGGACAAGAAGGCAGCGCACGAAGGGUUCAUCGACGGAGACCUCGUGGAGCAGUUUCUGGAUAUGCCGCGGGAGAAGCAGGAGGCGCUGGUGGCACCACUGGAGGAGAAGCUGGGUGUGAAUGCGCUCGAGGAGCUUCUACAAGAUGUGGAGGCUCUUUCGCAGCUACAUUGAGCGCGGCCCAAAAAGUCUGGCGCAUGAGCCAUCGUGGC